AUGCCUCCGCCACCGACUCCCGCAAGCCUCUAUCUACAGCUACAUCCACAGUACCAUCCCCGUCCUCCUGAAUCCUCGUCAUCGACGUGUAUCGGCAAGGUCGCGCCGCAUUGCUUCAGCAGCCCACUGGCGAUGAUGUGCGAGCGGGACCUCGCGGGCAACCUGGAAGGCUCCUUAGGGGCUAAGCGGGAGCUGGGAACCGUGCCCAACGGUGUCCACGGCGACGAGGAGCAGCCGCUGCUGCGCUCGCCCACCAAGCCGCGGUCCGCCGUGUCCCGGCUGCGCAGGCUGAUGACGGCCGAGGUGUCGCGAUCGUGGGCCGACAUCGUACUGCUGCUGUGCUACGUCGUCACAGGGCUGCUGGACAGCGCGUCGACGCAGGUUUGGGGCGCCUUUGUGUCGAUGCAAACGGGAAACACCGUCUACGUCGGCCUGGGCCUGGCCUCGCUCAUCUACCCCCCGACCAGCGCGCGCCUCUACAAGUCGGGCAUCUCGCUCGCCUGCUUCUGCAUCGGAUCCUUCCUCUUCGCCCGCUUCCACCGCCGCUUCUCGCCCAAGCGCCGCUGGGUCCUCUGCGUCUCCUUCGCCGCCCAGACGCUCUUCAUCGUCGCCGCCGCCCUCAUCGUCACCCUCACCACGCCCUCCCCCGACAAGGACCACGUCGGCUGGACCGUCCUCGCGCCCCUCGCCCUCGUCGCCUUCCAGAGCUGCGGCCAGGCCGUCACCAGCCGCGCCCUCAAGUACAACGCCCUGACCAGCGUCGUCCUCACCAGCAUCUACUGCGAUCUCUUUUCCGACCAGGAUCUGUUUGCCUUUCAGAACGCCGAGAGGAACCGACGGGCGGCUGCGCCCACGCUUUUGCUCAUCGGCGCUGUCUUGGGUGGUAUCUUUUCUCACAGCUCCUUUGGCAUUGCGGGCGCAUUGUGGACUGCCGCCACGCUCAAGGCGCUCAUGGUGGUGACAUGGUUCUUCUGGCCGGCUGAGCCCUCAGAAGACGAGGAGGAGUAG